UUAACCCGCAUGAGUCCCUUCCAAAAAGAUCCAGACUUUUUUCAUGUUAUGGAUGUGGCCGAGGAUGGACGCCUGAGGAAUGUCUUUUGGGCAGAUGCAAGAUGCAGGGCUGCAUAUGAAUCUUAUUCGGAUGUCAUCACAUUUGACACUACAUACUUAACAAAUAAGUAUAGCAUGUUGUUCGUUUCUUUUGUUGGCGUAAAUCAUCAUGGAGAAACAGUUUUAUUGGGUUCCGGUCUUCUGUCCAAUGAGGACUGUGACACUUUUGUUUGGUUAUUUAAAUCUUGGUUAUGUUCUAUGUCAAACAAACCACCCAAUGCUAUAAUCACAGACCAGUGCAAAGCAAUGCAAACUGCUAUUGAAGAAGUUUUCCCUCAUGCUCAUCGCAGAUGGUGUAUAUGGCAUAUCAUGAAGAAGAUUCCUGAAAAUCUUAGUGGGCAUGAGAAGUAUGGAAAUAUUAAAUAUACAUUGUCAAAUGUGGUGUAUGAUUCCUUGACCAAACAUGAUUUUGAUGAAGCCUGGGUUGAGAUGAUCAACAAAUAUGAUCUUCAGGAUAAUGAUUGGCUUCAUGGAUUAUACAAUAGUAGAUAUCUUUGGGCACCAGCAUAUGUAAAAGAUACUUUUUGGGCAGGAAUGUCUUCAACACAAAGGAGUGAGAGUGUGAAUGCUUUCUUUGAUGGCUAUGUCAAUGCUAGAACAACUCUGAAGCAAUUCGUGGGGCAGUAUGAAAAUGCAUUAAGAGACAAGGUAGAGAAAGAAAACCAUGCUGAUUCAAAGUCAUUCCAAGAGGUAAUUCCGUGCAUUACUCACUAUGACUUCGAGAGGCAAUUUCAAGCAGCAUAUACCAAUGCAAAGUUUCAGGAGCUUCAAGAGCAAUUAAGAGGUAAAAUCUAUUGCUAUCCAACUAUUUUGAACCAAGAAGGGUUACUUUAUACAUUUGGAGUCAGGGAGGACCGCAAGAUAGUUUUUGAAGGAGAGGAUGGCGAAAUUAAAGAGAAAAGAUUUAUUUCAGAGUUCACUGUCUUGUUCAACCAAGGGGACUGUAAUCUCAAAUGUCUUUGUAGGCUUUUUGAAUUUCAAGGCAUCUUGUGUAGCCACAUACUUUCUGUUCUUGCUCUCAUGGAGAUCACAGAAGUACCUUCUAGGUAUAUAUUGCAGCGAUGGAGAAAGAACUUUAAGCGCAAACACACAUUUAUAAAAUGCUUCUAUGGUGAUAUGCUGAAUACACCAGUUGUGCAACGUUAUGAUAGUUUGUGCAAACGUUCCCACCAAGUGGCAGAACAUGGCGCAGAGUCUGAUGCAUUGUAUACCUUGGUGAUGGAUGGCCUUAAUGAGUUACAAAUAAAGAUUGACGCGUACCGUGCUAGCCAUGAAGUUCAAGAUCAGCACACUGAAAAAGUUGUAGUCAGUCCGAUCCCUGUUCGAACUGUAGGUCGCCCUCCUUCAAAGAGGAAAGAAUCCAAAAUCAAUCAAGUGGUAAAAAAACCGAGAGCAAAGAAGCUACAGGGAAAGACAGAUCUGCUAGCUGCUAACCUGAAUGGAUGAAAGAGACGUGCACUGCAGUACUUCUGAAUGGAUUUGUUUUUGGUUUCUUGUGUAUGAAUUUGGUAUCUGGAGCGGAAAUGGAUAUCUGCAAUAGGUUCUUCCGUCUUUAUGUGGCUGCUGACAUGACCGACGCUGAAGUUGACCCUCUUUGUGGCAUGUUGGUUGUACCAUCUUGUACUCUCUGACCUGGGAAGUGGACUUGUAGGGUUAGGUGUGUAAUUUGCUUACUUUAUGUCAUUAGUACCUAGUAAUACUUGUAGACAUAAGUCAUCUUUGCAUGCCUAGAUGGUGACUUGCAGUUGCUUCAGGAUUUACGGUUAAUUAGUAUUGCAUUGUGGUUUGUUUGGUCACAAAGCAAAACAGCUGGAUGCUCCAUUGUAUCCGCAUGGGCUCCAAAUAUUUAAGUGAAGCCUAGUGCUAACAUCACACAUAAGUUUUUUUCUCGGAGUUUGCAUCA